AUGGGGAUGACAUGGGUAAUGCAAAGUCUAUGGCAUAGGGAUAACAUGGGUAAUGCUGUCUAUGGCAUAGGGAUAACAUGGGUAUUUGUAAUAAGAAAUUGGAUGACUGGCCACAUACACCCAUACGGGGCAGAAGGAGGUAUCCAAUAUCUGGAUAAAUUAUUAAUUGUCAACAACGAUCAGCCUCCAGACGCGCGCAGCUUAGUCAAUGGACACCACCUGACGAGUUCAACAUUGUGUCAGUAUCUCAAACAUAACUGUGUGAUUAGCGCCGUAGAUGAUUAUCACAGCCAACUACAAUUGGCAAUUGAAAAUUUGACUGUUCGCGGAACUGAGGCCUUUGCCGUUGAAGCAGCGAAUAUUGCAGGCGAUGAUAUCGUGGUUGAACUGAGAAACGCUUUGGAGUCAGGCAUAAUAGAUUUAACCAAAAAGAUUCGUUUUGAAUAUGAUAGACACUAUAUAGCAGCCAUUGAAAUCAAAAUUGAUGAAUUAGUGGAUGAAUUUAAACUAAAUAUCACCAACUUGUUAUCCAACAAAAAUAAGUAUUACAGCCAAACUGAGCUGAUGAAUAUAAUUACUGUUCAAAUUGAUGAGAUAUCGUUAAAGUUUGAACAGUAUUGCCAAUAUGAUUACGAAUUAGCAAUACCAUAUAUGAAAAAGACAAUGGACAAAUUAUUUACGAACAAAAAUAGAUAUUACAAUUACAAUGAUUUAGAGAAACUGCACAUUGAAACAAUAGCAAAUGGUGACGCUCAAUUAGAUAAAUAUAUUGUCAACGAUCACGCCGUGCCAAUUGCACCUUACAAAAUAGAACUCAGCAUCUAUUGUAAAGCCAAGUAUUCAUCCUUUCGUGAGCUUAACGACUUACGGAGAGAAAAAGCAGCCGUUCAGACAGAACAACAUAUGCUCGACCUUACUGCUCAAUACGAAGAAGAGUUGGAUAAACUUGUAAGACUGACUAACGCAGAUACAUACGACGAGUAUGCUGCUGAAGCUCGACUUGUAGAGAUACGACUGAUUGACGAACACAAAAGUCGAAAUCGUGAUGACCAGUUAGAUGUUAACCAAAGAGGUCGCAUGUUGAACAUGACAGAAGUCGGUACAAAAUUUGCCGAAAUUUUGCUUGACACAAAACUGGUGUUUAUUGAGCGCAAAAAGGAUCGCGUAUUGGCCACUGAAAGGCUAAUGAGCUUAAUUUUGUCCGAUUAUAAUGUCAAAAUGGAUAGGCGACGGCGAGAUACGGCCUUUAUACGUACCGAUCGCUUGAAACAUAUUCAUCAUGAGCUUACCGGAGAGUUGAUCAAAGAGUAUACCGAGCGACGUGGCCACCUGUCAUUUGACAAAUUCUGUGACCAUGUUAAUGACGUUUUGGCAAUUGCAUACCGAGUCGUAAGCAGAGAUAAUGAUAAACACACUCCGGCGCUACCUGCCGUAGGAAUAGAUUUAGGUACCACAAACUCGUGUGUAGCGUAUUAUAAACCUGGAAUAGGGGCAAAUUGUGUGGUGGUGUUUGAUAAUGACUUAAGUCGAUUAACAACACCGUCGGUCAUCGAGUUUAACGCUUCUAAUGGUGAUGUAGUUGUUGGCGAAACAGCUAAAGUUAAUUUCCUAUCAAAUCCACGAAACACAAUCUUUUCCAUUAAACGACUAAUUGGCCAAAAGUUUAGUUCAACAAAUGUGGCAAACGACAGAGAAUUUUGGCCCUUCCGUGUGGUGGACAUGGGUAACGACGAGCCGGGGGUUGAGGUUGAGACGGGACCUGACGGUUUAAUACAGAGGUUUAUGCCCGAAGAAAUUUCCGCUCACGUGCUUAAAAAGAUGAAAGAUGUGGCCGAAGAGAAACUCAGAACAGGUGGAGAGAGGGUAGUUAUCACAAAUUGCGUAAUCACAGUCCCGGCGUAUUUCAACGACGAUCAGAGAGAUGCUACACGAGCCGCUGCCAUUAUGGCAGAUCUAAAGGUGUUAAAAAUUAUUAAUGAGCCCACAGCAGCGGCCCUUGCUUAUCAGCUUAAUAGAUUUCAUGAUCUAAAAACAAAAACAAUAUUGAUAUACGACUAUGGUGGUGGCACGUUCGACGUAUCGCUUGUAAAGUUGGAGAGAGGGAAAGUAAAUGUUUUGGCUGUCGAUGGUGAUACACAUCUUGGCGGAGACGACAUCGAUAACAACAUGAUGGAUUAUUGUUUGAAGUUAUUUAUGAAACAUAAUAAGAUUACUUUUGAUAAGAGCACAGCUGAGGCCGCUGUUGCUAAAACUGUCGCAGAUAUUGACGAUGUUAUCCUGAUUGGCGGCUCCACAAAAAUACCUUAUGUACGAGACAUGUUAGCAAAGUAUUUUGUGAAAAAACCAUCUGAUUCCGUACCCGUUGAUUUAGCCGUGGCACAAGGUGCCGCCAUUCAGGUGUAA